GUCAACAAGGCGCGGCGCUGAUGGCGGAGGCGCUUCCAACCGAGCGGCAGCCCGCGGCGUGCGGACAGACACGCUGAUUUGACUUAGCGAGAGCUCUGAAUGAUGCAGAAGACGCCCAAGAGAAACAAGCAGCCGCUGACUGCCGGCGAACCGGCGCUCCUCCCUCCUGACAAGAGGAGGAAAGGAGCUCCAGCUGACUUUGUGGCACUCCUGCCUCCCGAAGUCAGCGUGCAGAUCUUCAGCUCCCUCGACCUCCGCAGCCUGUGCAGUGCCGCCAUGACGUGCAGGCGCUGGCGGCUCGCCAUUGACGGCAACGACUGGCUGUGGAGAAACCACUGCUUAACGGUGAGGGCCGUCUGCCAGCGGGAGAUCGACGGCGACCGGGGAAGUGGAUAUUCGUGGAAGAUCACAUUACUAAGGAACUACUGGAAAAGCAAAGUAAAACAAGAAUGGCUCAGUGGGAAAUACAGUAACGUUCACUCACAAAACAACUUGCCUGAGAAAAGCAUGUAUCCGAUGGAUGUUGACACAUGGGGAGAAAUCCUGGAAGCAGAACUAGAGAGAUGAGAAAGGACCGCUGCUGCUUGCAACUCAAGAACCUUACAUCAACAGCACAUGGACUGCCAGCCUGUAAAUAUUUUGCUGUUUAAAUUAGUCAUAUUUGCAGACAUGCAAAGAAAGCUUCACAGAAAAAAACAAGUAAACAUGCAAAUAACUUUUUACUUGCACUUUAUCAGAUUUACUGAUACAGAAAGUGAAAUUCUGAAUAAGACUCGUAGUCUUAUUCAGUAUUCAGUAGUAAUUUCGUGUUUGUAAAUUUAAUCUUCUGCUGUAUUAUAUGAAGACGUUGAUUGUACUUUCAAUUUGCACUUUUUUUUUAAAGACUUGUAAAAAAAAAAAGUGUUUGAUUCAGCUUGUAUUGUAUCAGCAGCAUAAUGUGGGAGUUCACCAAGGGAGGCCAGGCGAGGACAACUGCAUACAUUGGAAAGAAGUGGACGAGACAGCCACCUAGUGGCUCAACAUCCCAACAUGCCUCAAGGCAUGCAGCCUGCACAUCUGGAGGUGUUGGUGCUUAGCAGCACAGCAUUUCUACAGCCCAGCUCUGGGACUUGUGAAUGAGGACUCAUAGAUCAGGGCAACCAGCAGGGCUGAAGCAGCCCCUUUACUAACAGCCUCUCCGUGAUCAGCUAUGCACGUGUCAUUUGUAUAGAAGGCAGGGAAACAGUGAGUAGAACAAGUUCCACUUAUUACUUUAAACAAAGUAACUCAGAUACUCUAUGAAAAUAAAGUUACCUCACACAGUUACACUAUUUGGAAA